UGAUUUUAUAGGAGGUGGAACUCCAUUCCCCCCAGGCAAGGGGAGAAAUGACCCCGCAAGCAGCAUCCAGAUGUGGUAGGCUCUGGGGACAUUGGAUGCAGACCCCUGGAUUGUAGAGCAGACAGAAGGAGGGGGUGUGAGUACCCUUCAUAUUUCCCCUCCUUCUCUCCCCCUUAGCAGUCUACAUGGAGACAGAGCCUCCCUCCUUAACCUACAGCAAACCCCCACCCUACAUCUGCACUGAAAAUUGCACUUGAAUUGAUGAGGCUAAUUUCAAGGGGGAGGGAGAGAAAGAAAAAUAAUAAGGCAAAGGGAAAGAGGGAAAGAAAGAGAGUGAGAGCAGGACUAAGACCAGACUUGGGGAUUACAUCUACUGGCAAAUGGACACAUAAAUUGCAUCCAAAGAGGGCUCACUGCUCUGUGCCCUCACAUCAUCAAUAUACCUGGUGGAUCUAUAUCUUCUGGAUUGCAUUCCAUCCACGGUCAGAGGCCCCAGCACUGGAUUAAUCUAGAGCCUCAUUCCUCGCAGGGAUGCACCUCAAGAAACUAGUAGAGCACAGGAAGGAAGCUCUGUCUGUGGUGAGUGACGACCAAUCACUUUUUGACUCAGCAUAUGGAGCAUCAUCUCAUCUCUCCAAGGCUGAUAUGACGGCAUCAGCAAACCCCGAGUAUGGUCAGCCCCACAAAAUUAACCCCAUACCCCCUCAGCAGGACUGGAUCAACCAACCUAUGCGAGUUAACAUUAAAAGGGAAUAUGAGCACAUGAAUGGAUCCAGGGAGUCACCGGUGGACUGUAGCAUUAACAAAUGUAGCAAACUCAUUGGAGGGUCGGAGGGCAAUGCAAUGACUUACACCUACAUGGAUGAAAAGAAUGGCCCCCCUCCCCCAAAUAUGACUACAAAUGAAAGGAGGGUUAUUGUACCUGCAGAUCCCGCUUUGUGGAGCCAGGACCACGUACGCCAGUGGCUGGAGUGGGCAAUUAAGGAAUAUGGACUUGUGGAAAUUGACUGCUCCCUCUUUCAGAAUAUUGAUGGCAAGGAACUGUGUAAAAUGAGCAAAGAGGAUUUCCUGCGGAGCACAUCCAUAUAUAACACAGAGGUUUUACUUUCUCAUCUCAACUACCUCAGGGAUAGUAGCUCAUCAUUGGGUUAUAACACUCAGGCACAUACAGACCAAUCAUCGCGUUUGACAGCCAAAGAGGAUCCCUCCUAUGAAGCGGUAAGGAGAUCUGGAUGGGGAAAUUCCAUGAGCUCACCUGUCACAAAAAGUCCUCCCAUGGGAGGAACCCAAAAUGUGAAUAAAAGCGGGGAUCAGCAACGUUCUCAGCCAGAUCCAUACCAAAUAUUAGGGCCCACAAGCAGCAGACUGGCUAACCCAGGGAGUGGCCAAAUUCAGCUGUGGCAGUUUCUCUUGGAGUUGCUAUCUGACAGUUCAAACGCUAGUUGUAUCACAUGGGAAGGCACUAAUGGAGAGUUCAAAAUGACCGACCCAGAUGAAGUAGCGAGACGUUGGGGUGAAAGGAAAAGCAAGCCUAACAUGAACUAUGACAAAUUAAGCCGAGCACUAAGAUACUAUUAUGAUAAAAGUAUAAUGACUAAAGUCCAUGGUAAACGUUAUGCCUACAAAUUUGACUUUCACGGCAUUGCUCAGGCACUGCAGCCUCAUCCAACUGAUACUUCAAUGUACAAAUAUCCUUCUGAGUUCUCUUACAUGCCUUCUUACCAUUCACAUCAACAGAAGGUUAAUUUUGUCCCUUCACACCCAUCCUCUAUGCCGGUAACAUCAUCAGGCUUCUUUGGAGCAACAUCUCCUUACUGGAAUUCACCAAGUGCAAACAUUUAUCCAAACCCAAAUGUGCCACGUCACCCUAAUACCCAUGUGCAGUCCCACUUAGGUGGUUUUUACUAGACAUGUUCCUCAUGUCAGAUGACUUAACUGAGUAUUUUUACAUUGACCUGGAAAAUAUCACGUUUCUUGGAUAAUUUCUGACCUUGGAGACAAAAGCAGUCAGAAAUGGACACAAGACCAGUAUUUUGACAGACACUCUAUUCCUCUCUGCCAAAAGUGGAAAUUGAUCUUUGUGGGCCAGUAUUACUUAAAGCUUGCACUUGCCUUAACAUGGUUUCAAGAGAAAGUUCUUGGAUGAAUCUAUAAAUGUGAUAUGGUAAAAAGCAAAUAAGCAGCUCCUCUGUGCUAACCAAACAUAUGCCCUUUAAUUCCUUCAAGCAAGUGAUUUUUUAAAGACGUUGUUCCUAAUAUAAUUCUGCCUUGGAAAAUUAUAGAAUCAGACGCACUGGAUGGCAAUAGUGAUACAUUUUUAAAACAACUGGAAAAAAUAAAAUACUAUUAUUGUAAUGCCCAUUAGGACAUUUCAACCACCUCCUCUGGAAUGUACAAGCUAUGGGUCUCAACAUGUUCUACUUUAAACAUGCUGUAAAUAUGGUAUAUGGUAGUUCAUCUCACUGCCAGUCAGGUUACCCACCCAGUGUUUUAAGAAAAAAAAAUACAACAUACUUAAUUGGACUAAUGAUGUUGAAAAGUAAAAUCAUCAAACAGCCUAUGAUAGUUCAGGAACUCUUACCUGGAUAACAGUAGUUCUAAAAGUUCCGAAUAGACAAAUUGUUUGUGUAUGACUCUUCUGGAACUACUAACGUCUACAGACUGUUUUGAUUGCACUUUUAAAAGCUCGGCACAGUAAUUGGAAAAGUAAUGUUUAAUGCAGAUACGUCUUGCAGCAGAGAAACUCACGUAACCUGUGCACUUCUCAGUGAAAGAUAAAGAUGGAAAUUGAAUAUAUUCUCCAAUUAUCAGUCCGUUGAGUAUAUUGUGUCACCUACCAAGUUUAUUUUAAUUUAUAUGAAUAAGCAACAUACAUUUGGAUUGGCUUAUGACACAUGGGUGGUACCAGGGCCUAUUAGAAUAGAUGUUUCUAUCUAAAGUUGAGAAUCCAGUCAGACUAAAGGUCAGACAAACAGUCUGUGGGAAGGGGAACGUGUGCAAUAAAAAUGCAACCAAAUGAUUAUGUAAGUAGAUAAAGUUUCAAGAAUUAAGAUAGUUGCAUAGAAUGUGCAUCAAUAUUGUGCUAUGCAACAUAUUUCUAUAUUGUUCAGAUUUUGUUCAGUUAAUUCAACAUCUGUUGUGUUACACUAAUAUUGUUUGCAGCAUAAGAUUUAGUUGAGAACAAAAAUGGUUAGUUCUUCAUUUGUUGGGUUUAUUAGCAGUGAAAUGCAAUUAUCUGUUGGUCCUGAUAGAGUGUUUGAUCCUCCCGGUCCGUUAAAUAUGUCAUUGGUAUUAUGCUAAUGCUUUGCUGCUUUUGUCCCCAGUGACAACACAACCUUAAAAAAUGGAACAGGGUCUGGGGAAAGAGGACUUUUAUAUUGACCAGAGCAUAUAGGUUUCCAAAGGCUGUUCUUAUCAGUGUUGCAAGUUCUUAAAGGAAUAGACAAUUUCAAAUUUAAGGUUGCUGCAAUAGGAACAAAUGGCUCAGUAAGGGCUGUAUUCAGUGCCUUCACUAGAGGAUUCCAAUCUGAAAAUGAAUUCAGCUAGCUAUUAAGUAUUCGGCCCAGAUAAGUUAAAACUUGUUCAGAGCAGCAUUAUUUUAGUGCUGUAUGUGUUUAUUAAUGUUGCUAACAAGGAGGGAACCCUAAUGGGAUCUGUGGAACUAGAACAUGUAAUUAGAUGUUGCUAACGAGAGUCAUUGUUCUGUUUUGCAGAUCAGCCUGCAAAACAAAGGCUUUUGUAAAUUGAUUGGCUAAAUGUUCUGUACAAAUGGAAAUAACCAUGGAUUCAUGGUUCAUAACCAAUGAUUCAUGUUCAUCCUGUUACGGCAUACUAUAGAACCCAGUGAAAAGUAAUUUAUAGCUCUUUUACAGUGUUAUUGUGACUCUGAUCACUUUUUUUUAUUGCUUUUCAUAGUUAUUUUAUUUUGUCAAUGAAUGUCAAACAACAGAAUGAACAUUUACCUGUUGUGUUUUUACUGAGUACUGCACUGCUAGUUCUACUUCAGAAUUAAAUCUGGGCAUCUGUGCUAACAUUGUACUACAUUCGCAAAAUGUUUAUGGGACGUAAGAGGGUGAUUUAAUAACACAUGUAAAGUCCAGGUCUUGUAGUCCAGAAGCAAUCCAAGCAUUAGGUUUCACUGGUUAUGUUAUCUGAAUGCAAAUAACGAAUUGGUCAUUGUGAAUAACUAAGAUGGGGACCAACAAUGCACCUGUAAUUCCAAAAGUGUAAAUUACCCAUGGAUCAAUCCAACUUUGCAGCCCUCCAAAUAUUUAUAUAUGGUGUUGCUCCCUCAAGAAGCAGUAUUGUUCAGGGGUAUAGGUAACAUGAUCCCUGUAAAAAGCAUUGAACGAGAUGCUCUCUUUUUAAAAAUAAAGCUGAAAUUAUGGUUGGAUUAGUAAACAAUGGCUUUCCCUUCCAAAAAGCUAGUGAUUUCCACGUUUCGUUUACAGCCUUGAAUGAUUCACAGACGCUGUGCGUUUGUCAGAGCAGCAAUCUGAAGUCUCCACAAGCCAUGAGGCCAAUUUACUGUAUAAAUUAUAUUUUCCUAUGUUUCACAGCAUAAACAUAUUCACUACUAACAGAGUCUCAUGCAUGGCAUUCUCUUUAGCAGUGAAAGUUUUAACAAAGUUUAUAACUAACGAGUUGACCUCGGUCACAGAAAUGCAGUUUUUUUUUAAUUUUUAAUGAACUGUAUUUUGAUUUAAGUGUUUUACAGGAUGUUUUCCACUUAUUUUUCUAAUCUUCCAUUUUUUUGUACAUUUUGGCUUUUAAACUUUGUAUUUACAGUAAUCUCUUUUUUUUUGCAAUGAAAAGGGAAAAUAAAAAAAGUAUUUUCAUAUUCUUAAAAAGGUGUGACUAUCUUUCCUUAAAAUUGCCUUAUAAUUUCACAGAAAAUGGAGAUACUUCAAGAACAUGACAAAGGGUUAGUUGUCCUUUUGUAAAAACUCAGAUAUUCAUGGAUAAAUAUGCAAAGGUUUCCGAUCUUGUCAGUAGAACAUAAAUAAAGAGCAUUGUGUAAAUGUG